AUGGCAUCCUCCUCCAACCGGCGCGACUACCACAACGUCCCCGCCGUCGACAUCGACGCCGACGACGGCGACCUGAUCGACCCGGAUGACGCCGACCUCAACACCUUCGACGACCCCUUAGCCGCAACCCCCACAACCAGCACCUCGCCUACCACCACCACCGCCACCCACCACCCACGCCAUACCCUCUCCGGCACCAUCACCACCUCCCAGCGCUCCUCCUCACAACGCCAAACCUCCGCCUCCUCAUCAUCUUGGUUCUCUUCGAACCCCCUCCUGCAAGGAGAAGACCGCCUGCGCCCCUACGACCAAUCCACCAUCGACGAGUCCGUCUGGGCGACCCUGCGCCGCGACCUUCUCGCCGUGUGGUCCAAGCUGCGCGAGGUGCUGUAUCCACGGCACCUGUUCAGCGCCAUAACCGGCUCCAACAACGGCGGGCCGUCACUGCGUGAUGCCUACGCCGGGCUGCGAAACACCUACUUUUCCCUGCGUAGCGGGGGUGUCGCGGCAGCAAGGGAAGAGCUAGCUGGUCUAGCGGGACGGGUUAUGGAUGCGGAGAGGCUACUGGAGAGUGAAGAGGGCGGGAUGAGAGGAGGAUUGAGGGAUUGGGAUUUGUGGGGACCGUUGGUGUUUUGUUUGGUGUUGAGCACGUUAUUGUGUUUGGAGAGUAGGGAGGAGCAGAGGGAGGUGGUGUUUAGUGGAGUAUUUGCGAUUGUUUGGGUGGGGAUGGCGGCGGUGACGGUACAGAUUAAGUUGUUGGGGGGGAAUAUUUCGUUUAUGCAGUCGAUCUGUGUCAUCGGGUACACCCUAUUCCCGCUCGAUAUUGCUGCGCUGUUGUCGGCAGUUCGGCUGCACUGGAUCGCGAGGAUUCCGAUUUACUUUACGCUGGUGCUGUGGUCGCUUGCUGCUGGUGUUAGCAUCUUGUCGGGCAGCGGGGUUGUCAAGAACAGAGUUGGGCUGGCCGUAUACCCGCUGUUUAUUUUUUACCUGGGGCUGGGCUGCCUAUGCUUCUUGAGCUAG